CUUGUUGUAAGGUAGACUAUAAGAUGCGUAAAACUAUUUAUGUACAAUAAUCAUACAAUUUAAACCUGUGAACCAAUUUAAAACUAUUUGUAACUUUACUGUAUUUUUAAGGGUAUGUUUCCACUGCUACACGUGUUGAAAAGAGGCGCAAAGCACUAAGCCACUGUUCAUUGCUUAAUUGUUAUACCUAAGGUAUUUCUCAAAAAGAUUUCACUCUUUAUUUACCAGAGCGUUAUACUUAUGAGUUUUGCAAGGCAACCGUUCCCAGCUCGGACUAGUUCUAGAAAUUCUAAUAGAGGAAGGACUCAACUUGAUUCCAAUGUGAGUCAAAGGAAGAAAACCAAACCGAGCGAUGUCAAUCCCCCUAUCAAACAAAGAACCAAAUCUAUUCCAGAAGUGAGUAAGAACGAUGAUGUCCAUAAAGCCGACACAACUGGAAAACCACAAUUUAAAGAGGGGCUUGCUGCAGAGUGUUACAGACUGGAGAAAGAGUUAAAGGAGACUUCCAACAAAAUAUAUGAGCUGACCUCAGCUAAUGACGACCUUAAGACAAGAUUGAGCUCGCUGCUCGGUGCUAAGCUGCAGGACAAUAACCCGAACAUUGCGGACUUAAGUGAUCCAAAGAGACCUACACAGCUGAGAGAUUUAUUUUCUGGAUUUUACGACGAUGAGUGUACGAACAGCUUCGAAAUAAUUAUAAAAGCAAACAAAUCCGAGGUGGUCGUAGUGGGCAUGUUGCUUAACGCUUGCGUGGCAAUAUACAAACGCUGUACAACCAAAGCUUCAACAGAUUUACAGGAUUUGCUUCGUGAUUUUGCGUUCAAUUCGAGUUCGGAUGUACAAUUGCUGAAGCAACUGAAAGACAAGCGGAAGAAAAUAACACCAAAUGAACAAUUACAAAGCGAAAUAGCAAGUGCCAUGAGAGAAUUGUUCGGUGAAGAAACUUUCCAACACAAACAAAUCCAGGCGUACGUUCAAAAGUGUCUCGAAAUAUGCUGGUCAAUGGCAGUACAAUACCCGCCUGUUGUCAUGGAUACAGAGAUCAAAAGGGAUGGUCAACCGUUUGAUUACGCAGCGUAUCGACCGUACACACAGUCGGGUCCUUUUUUCGACUUUAUUGUGUGGCCGGCACUAUAUCUCAACGAGGGUGGGGGCCUUCUUUAUAAAGGAGUAGCUCAAGAAAUGGGUUCAGAUGAAUCAAAAGUUGUAAAACAGAAUUUACAGCAAACCAACCAAUCGUCAAGAAAACAAACCAUGAAGUGAAUCGUCAGUAAAUUUCAUUCACAUAUAUAUUAUGUUAUACUUUGUAUGAUGGUAAGGAUGCAUACGUGUCUUGAUUUUGUGUUUUUCAUUAGAUGUUCAAUAUAUAUAUAUAUAUAUAUUAAUUUUCUUUGGACCAAAUCCAAAAGGUCCUUAUUUAAAGCAACACAAUAACGAAAUAACUAUCUUGUCUAUAUACAGUUGAUACGUGUUUAAAUCAUGAAAUUAUCGGAUGAGUACGGACUUAGUCAUGCAUUUAACAUCGCUCAUGAUAUAAGUAAUUAAAAAUUAAGAGCAUUUAAGUCAAAUAUUGAAUAUGACAUUUACAUAGAGUUAGUUCCGAAAAAAAAUAAGAUUGUAUUUAUGCCGAUUAAGAUUAUCGGUUCAUUUCCUUCGAAGACAGGCAGGUAGAUAUAAUGAAAACACUAUCGCUAGACAAGAAAGAUAAUAUCCUGUAUGUAUAAUUUUCUUUGUUGUAAUUCCACGGAUAUUGUGGGCGAAUUUCAUUUUGUAUGUAUUUGUUCAACAUUUGUUGAUAUAAGAAAGAAGCAAAUACAAAUAUUACUAUAAAAAUCCGUCUGUUAUUAUUAUUAACGUAUUACGUGUGUACAAUUGCUACUAUCAACCAAUAGGUCUGAACUAACAAAACUGUUUUAUUUGUUCAGGAUUCGUUGAGUAUUAGAUCAAUUUUGGUAAAAUCGUAUAACGAAUUUAUCAAUUGUUAUCCUGUUCACUUUAA